UCUGCCUAAUUAUGAUUCCACCAUUUCCGGGCACCAUAUAUCCAAAAAUAGGAUAUAAUAAAUAUAUAUUCCAUUUUUCUCAAAUUUCAAAAUUGUCUAGCCACAUCCAACGGCCCAGAUCCGGUCUUCCUUCCAAAACUCUCUCGUCUUUGACUCUUUUUAUAUAUAUAUAUAUAUAUAUAUAUUAUAUACAUACAUCACGCAAAUCGCCCCUCCAUUUCUCAACCUUCAAUUCCUUCGCUCUCCCCUCUCUCUCUCUCUCUCUGUGAAAAGUAGAAAUAGCGUCUCUGCUAAUCUUCGUCUUGGAGAUUCGUUCGUUUAAUUCAAUUUUGUUCCUCUUCGAUCUCUCUGGCCUCACCGACUCAAUCAACAAUGUCAACCGAGAAGGAGAGAGAAUCUCAGGUUUACUUGGCCAAGCUCGCCGAACAGGCCGAACGCUAUGAAGAAAUGGUUGAUUGUAUGAAGAAGGUUGCAAAACUUGAUGUGGAGCUGACUGUGGAGGAGAGGAACCUCCUCUCUGUGGGGUACAAGAAUGUGAUAGGUGCAAGGAGGGCAUCUUGGCGUAUCAUGUCUUCAAUUGAGCAGAAGGAAGAAUCAAAGGGAAAUGAGAACAAUGUCAAGCUCAUUAAGGGCUAUCUCCAGAAGGUAGAGGAUGAGCUCUCAACGAUUUGUGGUGACAUUCUGGCUAUAAUUGACCAGCACCUUAUCCCCUCUUCCAAAACAGGAGAAGCAACUGUCUUUUACUACAAGAUGAAAGGUGACUACUUUCGGUAUCUAGCUGAGUUUAAGACUGACCAAGAAAGGAAAGAGGCAGCUGAUCAAUCAUUGAAGGGCUAUGAGGCUGCUUCUGCCACCGCAAACACUGAUCUCCCAUCAACACACCCAAUUCGUCUUGGCCUUGCCCUAAACUUCUCCGUUUUCUACUAUGAAAUAAUGAACUCUCCUGAGAGAGCAUGCCAUUUGGCUAAACAAGCCUUUGAUGAAGCGAUUGCUGAGUUGGACACAUUGAGUGAGGAAUCAUACAAGGACAGCACCUUGAUCAUGCAGCUCUUGAGAGACAAUCUCACUCUCUGGACCUCUGAUUUGCCUGAGGAUGGAGGCGAUGAAAACGCCAAAGCUGAAGAACCUAAACCAGCAGCAGAAUCAGAGAACUAAGUAACAAGGUACCUGAAAGUAAGGCAAUCCGAGACAGCUCAUCUCAGUAGGGGAAUUGCAAGGGAGAGUGACGAGACGAGGUUCUAUGAUGGAGAGCCGAUCUUUUUCAGGCCAUCCGGAGUCAUAGUACGAUGAGAAUCUUGUUUGAUCUUCCUGAUGCUUGUUCCUAAUCUACUUUUCUAUAUUUGAUCAUUUGCUUUCAUUUCUGUUGGCUUAUUGUUCUUAAUAUAGAAUUCCGGUUAUCCAUUAUAUAUAUAUAUAUAUAUAUAUAUUCUUAUUAAA